AUGGGUAUCAACAUCAUCUACUACUACGGCUACUUUGUCGCCGAGGAUGUCUAUAGCACUGCAAUGGACGGUGCUAAAGAUAUCAUACCUUGCAGACUUCGUCGCUCGAAGCUUUUCAGAAGGUCUAAAGAAUCUAAGUCAGCCUCAACAGAAGAGCCUGAAUAUAAUAACCCCACUUCACCAGAGGAAGAAUGCUCAAAGUCAUUCACCUCUGAAGACACCGCUGAGACCGUCAUCCAUUGCUCGUCGGAGGACAAGCAAAGCGAGCUUGACCAGUAUAUUUUCUCUAAUGAUUCUAAAGGAUCCACAGACACGAUCAUUCAUGAUGAGACGGUCAAAAUCUCGCGCCGCCAGAGGUGCAAAGCUAAGCUUCGAAAAUGUCUGUCUUCAAAGACAUUGAAAGCAAAAUUCUCCAGCUAUAGCAUUUCUUCGGAUGAAUGCGUUGAAUCAGGGGAUGAAAUUAUUUCAGACAGUCACAUCAACGCAAAUGAUCACAUUGUUUCAGAUAAUCAUGAUGAUAUGAACAAUGAUGUUCAUUUAGAAAACAUUGUCAAUACAGACAAUAUCGCUGUUACAGACGUUUCAGAAGCUUCAGGUAAUAUUUACCAAAAGAAGCAAUGGUCUGUUUCAGAUUAUUCUCUAUCUAUCUACUCACAGGAUGGUAUUGAUACCAUCGUCGUCUCUCCAAAGGGGAAGGAGAUCAACGACUUGAAAGCAAAAUUAUUCAACCAAGAGUUGGAAAACAAGAAACUUCGCUCAAAGGUCUCGCAGCUUAGCAGCGAGCCCACCUCAAAGUCAGUCUCUGAAUCAGAGUCUGUAAUUCAUACUGCAUUCGAGUCAACCAAAGUCUCCGAGCUUAGCAGUGACACUCCCACCUCAACUUCAGACUCAACAUCAGAGUCUGUUAUUCAUACCCCAUUGGAGACAAAUAAAGUCUCCCACCGUCAAAGAUAUCGAGCCAAGAUUCGUCGAUGUCUUUCCUCUACUCAGGAAUUCCUGGCACCUUUGAAGGCCUUACAUCCCAACAAUCGGGCUGAAAGGGGCCACACCAAGCAACAAGCCAAAGAUGCCCUUGAAACUUUGCAGAACGCUCCAAUGUUUUUCGAAGCAGUUCCAUUUGAGUCCACUGAGGAGGGUGAAGCUCCAACUUUCUACUGCCCUCGUCAUGGCACCUGUUCUUCUCAUUUUGCUUGGUGUUUUUGCGAUUAUCAUCCCAGCGCUGCCCAUCGUCAAAGUGAAAGAGUUGAAGACUGGUUGCUGCCAGCUUGGCGUGCCAGUGUUACAAGAGGUAUAGAGGAAGAUAGGGCUGAAAAGGCUAGGAUAGAAGAACAGGCUAAAAUGGAAGAGCAUGCCAGUAUGGAAGAAAGGAUCAGGAUGAAAGAACAACUUAGCAUGGAAGCGCAAGCUCUACCCGUUCAAGAGCAGUUUGAACCUCAAAGAUUUUCUGCUGAGGACUAUAUUGAUCUGAUCAGCGACCUCACUGACGAUUACCUUGGUUAUUCACGCUCUAAAUCACGCAGUCACAAGCGCAGCAAGAGUAAGAAAAGAGUUGAGAGAGCUGUAGAAGAAAAGAUGGAGGAACAAGCUCUACCCAUCCAAGAGCAUUCUGAACCUCAAAAAUACUCUGCUGAAGACUAUAAUGGUCCAGCCAGCGAUCGGACCGACGAUUAUCUUGGUGUCACAGGCUACAACCCACGCACCGGAACGCUCGACAAGAGCAAAAGAAGUAAGAAGAACAAGGAACACCGCCGUGUUCGUUGGGCCAGUACUGAGAAGGGAUGGGAGAGCAAAGCUGUAAGUUCUUCUAGCCCCUCGGCUGAAUGCACCAAGGAGAAUGAGAAGAUGGAGGUGCCUUUUUUAGCUUAG